UAAAUACCCAUAGUAGUCCCUGAGAUUCACGCAAUUACUCAUAGUAAUUCCUAAGAUUUCGAUUUCCCUAUUGUAGUCCUCCAGAUAGAGCUCCGAGCACUCAAACUAGUCCCUGGCCAUAUUUCAGGUGAUGACUCAGCACCGGAGCGCUGACGUGGCCUAGGAUUGCCACGUGGGACAUGUCCAAAACGACGUCGUUUUGGGUUUGGCGCCCUUGAAAGCCAAAAACGACGCCGUAUAGUUGUUACUUAAUAUGAAAAACAGUUCUCUCCACCAACACAAACACUUUAUCUCUUCUUCUUCCACCCUCUGAGUUCUUCUUCAUCUCCCCAACAAUGGCGUAGCCGUAGGGUUGUCUGUGCUGGGUUAACAAAAAUUUGAGAGAAAAAGCCAUCUGAUCAGAAGUUGUUGUUGCUCUUCCCUUCCCUUCCUUCACCACAAAGACGAGGUUCUGACGUUGUGAUCGGACUGAAGAUGGAGGAGAAGUUGGACAUCAUGUUUCAUCAUGGGGGUGAGUUCAAAAAAAAUGCAGAAGGAAUUAUGAUAUAUUCUCCAGACAAUAAGGCCUGUUUAGGUGAUCUAGACACUGAUACUCUGGAUGUGUUCUACAUACGGAACUACCAUAAGGAGCUUGGGUACAAUGACAUUAAACAGUGCUGGUGGCAUGUUCCUGGAAAAUGUUUGGAGAAGGGGUUGAGAAAUGUAAACAGUGACAAAGAGAUAAGAGAGAUGGUGAAUUGUGCUAGGACAAAUGAGGGAUUGAUUGAUAUAUAUUUCGAGCAUACAGUGUCAGUGCCGGAGGUGUUAGAGGGAGAUAACACAGUUGUGUACUUGGAUGAUCAUGGUGGAUAGGGAUGUAAUGCAGGUACAGAUACUGAUGUGAGUCCCCCAGUUACAGAGACCCAUGCAAUCAUAGUUGCUCCUCCUAUCCCUAAGGUUGUACCCAACACUUCUUGCAAAUCCAGUCCCAAAAAAAACAGAACAUCUCCACGGCAAUCACAACCAUCACACUCCAAAACUGCCAAUCCUUCCAAGACAACCAAACCUGUGAAGAAGACCAACUCCCCAAAAGUCACCAAGCCCACCAAGCCCACCAAGCUCACGAAGCCCACCCAGGUCACCAAGCCCACCAAAAUCAGCCAGCCCACGAAAUCCAAUCAGAACACCAAAUCAGAUAAGAGCAAGAAGCAGAAACUGUCCAAGAGACCAAGUAUUUUCAGGAGACCUUGUACACGGUCUGCUGCUAGAGGAUUUACUAGCAAAGUGUUUAACAAUGAAGUUCCGUUUGAUGUAUCUUCUGACUCUUCUGAUAGUGAAGAGGAUAGCAUGUUCAAGCCAGGUCCGGAUGAGGGUAGUUCCUCUGAUUCUGAGGCUACAGGGAAUGAUCCUAAAACUGGGAGUAGGAUUAGGAGAAACAUGACACAUGCUAUGGUGGGUAAGAGAAAUAUUAGUCCACUGGGUAAAGGGAAGGAGAAGAUAUUACAUGAAGACGAUGGUUUGGUGGAGGAGGUGAGCGACGCUGAGGUUGACCUUGGGUUUGUGGGUUGUGUUCAUGAAGGGGUAGAGGAUGGACUAGACCCAGGUGUUGACUCAGAUGGCACCAAUUCUUGGCACUCGGAGGAGAUGAAGACGCCUCCAAACUCAGAAGAUGAGCUGGAGGAAGGAAAUGAAUCUGAAGAGGCAAGUCCGCUGUUUAGGGAGGGUGCAAGAUUUGGAGAGCUGCAUCUUGAGGUAGGCAUGAAGUUCGGAACUAAAUGGGAAUUUAGAGAAGCUGUGAGAGAAUAUACAAUCCAAGAGGGAAGAAGCAUAAAGAUAGUGAAAAAUGAUAACAUUAGGUGCAGGGCGGUGUGUAAGGUGAAAGAGUGCCCAUGGGUGGCUUAUGCAUCUAGAGACCAUGAAGACACAUGUUGGCAAAUUAAGACAUUCAAUGAUGACCACACUUGCCCAAGAGAGGACAAGAAUAGGGCUGCCAACAGGAAUUGGGUAUGCAGCAAGCUUGUGAAGAAGGUGAGAAAGUAUCCAAACUUUAGACACUGCGAGGCUACAACUUACUUCAAGACACGAUUUGACUUGACUCUGAAUAAAAACUCAAUAUCCAGGGCAUUAAUGGAUGCAAGAAGUGUAGUGUAUGGGGAUGAGAAAGAACAAUAUAGGAUGGUUAGGGAUUAUGGUAUGACGCUGUUGAAGACUAAUCCCAGUUCCACUGUACAAAUAUGCACCACCCCCCAACCAGAUGGUGAAGUGUCCUUUGAUAGAAUGUAUAUAUGCUUAAGUGGCUGCAAAAACGGGUUCAAGGCUGGUUGCCAUCCUUUGAUAGGUCUGGAUGGUGCUUUCCUCAAGACCCAACCCGGUUUGGUGGACAGAUUUUGUCAGCCGUGGGGUUAGAUGCUAAUCAUCAUAUCUAUGUCAUAGCCUGGGCUAUUGUCAGAGUGGAGAAUACAGAGACAUGGAAAUGGUUUCUCGAGCUACUUCAUCAGGACUUGGGGCAUUAUAAAGAGCAUGACUGGUGCUUCAUAUCGGAUAUGCAAAAGGGACUGAUAUCAGCAGUGAAAGCGGUGAUGCCUGAUGUGCAUCAUCGUUUCUGCGUCUGGCAUUUAUGGAAAAAUUUCAACAAGAACUAGAAGGACUUACAGCUAAGGGGACUUCUGUGGGAAUGUGCAAGGGCAACAACAUACCAAGAAUUCAGGGAUGGAAUGGAGAAGAUCAAAAGGUUAAACGAGGAUGCCUGGGCAUACUUAGAGAAGUGGCCUAUGGAUGCUUGGACCAGAAGCUUAUUCAGCCACAAGCCGAAAUUGGAUAGCAUCUAUAACAACGCCUGCGAAGUGUUCAAUGCUAAGAUCAAGGAUGCACGAGCCAAACCCAUCAUAACAUUGCUGGAGGAGGUAAGGAUGUUUGUUAUGCGAACCAUAGCGAAAAACAAGGUGAAGCUGCAGAAUCACACUGGGAAGCUCACACCUGUUAUAAAGAGCAGGCUGGAAAAGGUGAGGAAAGAAUCCAAGCAUUGGAAGCCUAUUUGGACUGGGGAUAACGGAUACGAAAAAUUUGAGGUGCACGGACAUCCAACCAAUCAUGUUGUGGACAUAGGAAAGAGAUUGUGCACAUGCCAAUUUUGGAUGCUAACGGGUAUCCCGUGUGUGCACGCUUGUGCUGCCCUGUCUCGUGUGAAUAAACAGCCAGAAGACUUCUGUCACACAUGGCUGACCAUGGACUCAUACAAGGAAACUUAUAACCACCACAUUAAUCCAAUUCCGGGUCAACCACUGUGGGAAAAAGCAGAUGAUUGUAACAGGCCACAUGCCCCUAAAAUCAAGACAAAACCUGGAAAACUAAAGAUGAAGAGGAGGAUGGAUGCGGACGAGAAGAGUGCUUUUGGAACUAAGAAGCCUAAAGUUGACCCAAAACUCUCAGGCAACACUGCAGAUGGUGUACACCUAAAGAGACAGCUGGGUGCCUUUACAUGCAGUUACUGUGGUGAUAAGGGGCAUACAAAGAGAGGCUGCAAAAAGAAAAGAGAUGCUGAUGCUGCUACUGCUGCUGCUGCAGCAGCAGCCGCUGCCGCUGCCGCUGAGGCAGCUGAGAAGAAGAAAAAUGAUGAAGUUCAUACUGUGCCUGAAAAGCCUGUUCAG